AUGGGGAUGUGGGCCGAGGAUAAUUGGGCUUGGAGGGUGGAAUGGACUCGCGGGCUUAGAGGACGAGAGGAAAGUCAAGCCAACGACCUCCUGAACCUUUUAAAUAAUUUCUCUUUAAAGGUUGGCCUGGAGGAUGGAUGGAUUUGGAAACGUUCCACCAAUGGAGUUUACACCGUUAAGUCCGCCUACAUUGCUAUCCGAGAGGCCACUGGAAUGAGUGAUUCCCAAACAACGAAGAAGGAGUUUGCGAGUAUCUGGAAAGCGGCAGCCCCCCACAAAGCGAGAUCAACGGCUUGGAGAAUUUUCAAAGGCCGCCUUGCGACGUGGGACAACCUCCACAAAAGACAGAUUCAAGUUCCAACAGCGGCGUCUCUGUGUCCCCUUUGCAAAUCUCAUCCGGAGGACUUGAAGCAUUUACUUUUCUCCUGCUCUUUCUCGAUGAACAUCUGGAAAAGUAUCUUGGACUGGCUUGGCUUUCAAGCGGUGCUUCAGCAAUCUCCGAUCGAGCAUUUUCUUGCCUUCACUAAUAUUGGUAAGAAAGAGAUGGCCAACUUUCUCUCUAGUGUUUGGAUCUGUACUACUUGGUGUAUUUGGAAGAUGAGGAAUGAGUUUGUGUUCAACCAAGGGAAAGGUGACAUUGAGAAAAUGGUGGCCGAGAUUAAGUCGAGAUUAUGGAGUUGGUCUAAAGUUUACAAGUUGGGAGCGGCGAACUCAGAUUUUCGUUCAUGGGUUUCUUCUCCAAAGGUCCUGAAUUGA